CUCCCUUCUCUUCUCCUCCCAGGAAUGAUCCAGGCUCUAGGUGGCUUCUUCUCCUACUUUGUGAUCCUGGCAGAAAAUGGUUUCUUGCCCAGCAACUUGGUGGGUAUCCGGCUGAACUGGGAUGACCGCACCGUCAAUGACCUUGAGGACAGUUAUGGGCAGCAGUGGACGUACGAGCAGAGGAAAGUGGUGGAGUUCACAUGUCACACGGCCUUCUUCGUGAGCAUUGUGGUUGUCCAGUGGGCCGACCUGAUCAUCUGCAAGACACGCAGAAACUCGGUCUUCCAGCAGGGCAUGAAGAACAAGAUCCUGAUCUUUGGGUUAUUUGAGGAGACAGCCCUCGCCGCCUUCCUGUCCUACUGCCCUGGCAUGGACGUGGCCCUUCGCAUGUACCCUCUCAAGCCCAGCUGGUGGUUCUGUGCCUUCCCCUACAGCUUCCUCAUCUUCGUCUAUGAUGAAAUCCGCAAACUCAUCCUGCGCAGGAACCCCGGGGGUUGGGUGGAGAAGGAAACCUAUUACUGACCUCAACCCCACGACCUCGCCCGUCUCUUCCCUUGCCCCCGAAGCCCAGGACAGCUCCCUCCAGGCCCCUCAUUUUGUAUUCUGGGGGAGGGGCCCUCUCUCCCCAGGGCCCCCCACCUUGGCCCCACCCCCUCAAAGUAUUUCCUGUCCCCUCCCUCUCUCCUCUCCUGGCUGGCUUCUCUCCCUGCCCCCUGCCUCUGCCUUUCUCCUCUCUUUUCUGUGACUCUGCUCCUCUCCCUCUCCUCACCCCUACCUCCCAGCCCCCUCCCUGGGCUCUUUUUUACUCCCUGUCAACCUCCCCCAACCCUGGCUAAUGCCAUCACUGGUUCUGGACAAUUAUCAAAUAUAUCAGUGGGGAGAGAGAA